AUGUCGACUUUCAACGUCAACACAUUUCCCCAAUCUCCCAACGCGGUCCUCUCGAAAAACAUUGAAAGUAAGGAAAAUGGGAGGAAAGCACAACGCUUGUUACCAAUCAGCACAUCAACCUCUCUCUUUCUCCCCCCAGCAACAGCCGCAAGCAACGGGUGCAAAGCAUACAAAUUCCAGAAGUGGGCCGGUGGGUUGAAUGGGAGAGAGAGAGGCGUGGCGAAUGAGCGAGUCAUAUCCAACAUAUUGCCGGAUCAUAUUCAGCACACAUCGCUACUCUAUUGCGUCUUUGGACGACAACACCAUGUACGCCAAGAGGUCACCUGUGCAGCGCGGCAAGCGGGCAAGCCACGGCGAGGCGCGUUGCGGCGGUGA